AUGACUCUUCUCCUUCAUCCACCUCCAUACAAACUACAACCACACACCUACACAACAAUGGCGCCCUCAAUUGCUUUCAUCGGCUGCGGAAACAUGGGCUCCGCCAUCCUGGGCGGCCUGCUCUCCGCAACCCGCACCUCCGAGAGCACCUCUAAAUUCUCCAAAUUCAUCAUCAAUACCAAAUCCGCCAGCUCAGCCGAGCGUCUACGCGCAGAGUACAAGGCCGACGCCGCGCGUCUCGACAUCCGCCACGGCCAGAACGUCUCCGCCAUGCAAGACGCCGACGUCGUCCUGCUCGCCUGCAAGCCGUUCCUGGUCGCGGGGAUCCUCCGCGAGCCGGGCGUGCGGUCCGCCCUGGCAGGCAAGUUCGUCAUUAGCAUUCUGGCGGGGAUGAGUCCGGCAGAGAUUGCAGCGUGUAUCGACCACGCCUCGCCCACUGCUGAUGCAGGCAGCGAUGCUCGGAACAUCGUCCGCGCCAUGCCCAACGUCGCCGCCCGCCUGCGCCAGUCCAUGACCAUCAUCGAGGCCGACCCGGCCCUAUCCGCCGAGCGCGCCGCCCUGCUGACCUGGAUGUUUGAGCAGGUCGGGCACGUCAAGUACGUUGCGGCGGAGCAGUUCGACGCGGCGGGCAUGCUGGUCGGCGCGUCGAUGGCCAUGUUUACGGUGCCGCUGGAUGGGCUGCUGGAUGGGUGUGUGGUGGAGGGCAUCCGGCGGCCGGAGGCGCAGGAGAUGGCGGCGCAGGUGCUACAGGGGAUGGCGGCGUUGCUGAAGGAUGGUGCGCAUCCGGCGGUGCUGAGGGAGAGUAUUGCGUCACCACGGGGGUGUACGAUCCAGGGACUGAUGACGGUGGAGAGGAGGGGGGUGAGGGCUGCGUUUGCGGAUGGGAUGAUUGAUGGGACGGACCAUUUGAAGUGA